UCUCACAUUAAAUGUGUUUUGAGAAAGAGGCAUGGAGGGAGGAUGUGAGGAAUCAAGGGACAUCAUUUGAGAUUCACCCAUGGAUUGACUGAGGCAGCGCAGCAGAGCGGUGAACUCAGUGUGUUCUCACGUCUGUAUUGGGCAGGCUGGUGAGUGUGUGAGAGAGCACUGAGCAGGGAUGAGCACCAGGCAGUGAGGAAGAGAACGACAGAGUAAAAAAGGAGUGAAGCUGGAGUCGGAUGCUGUGGAGAACGAGAGCUGACAUACCUCUCUCUCUCCCUCCAUCUCACUCUCUCAGUCUGUCUCCCCCACUCCCAUGCUGUUGUGAUAGACAGCACGGCACUCUCGGCUCGGCUGCAUGGAGGCACAGGGAGGGGCAGGGAGCCCAGAGCCCAAUAAAGACAUCCAGAAGUUGCUGAAGCCCUCCAGCUCAGGGGACCUUUCCAAGGAGUUGUACCAUCACCCAGUGGGGGAAGAGGAGGGAGGGCUUCCAGGACACACCGCUGGCCUGCUGCACGUCACCGAGAGGAGACGUGAGUACCGGGAGCCUCUGAGCAGCGUGUCCUCCCUGGAGGUGCACUUUGACCUCCUGGACCUGACAGAGCUAACCGACAUGUCUGACCAGGAGCUGGCUGAGGUGUUCGCUGACUCUGAUGAGGAGAACCACAACGAGUCCCCAGCAGGCCACCACCAGCCACCCCUGCCCAGAGGAGGCUACAUGCGCUCCCCCUCGUGGACCCGUUGCAGCAAGUCUGAGCCCCGCAGGGAGAGGAAGCACCACAGCGACUCCGACACCACCGCAGAGCCCUUAAUGAAGCUGGAGAGGCCUAAGCAGCCCUGAGAGCCCACGGGUCUGGCCCGGAAAGAGAGAGGCCCAGAGCGGACACACCGAGAGCGGGCACAGAGACCACACCAACUGCCCCAACCCCUGCGCCGGGCACUGAAACAACCAUGGUGCUGAAGACACUACAGACAGACUGAGCUCUCGAUGCUGUGCACUGUAUUAUAAACUUAACAUGAAACGAUGGCUGUGAGUGAAAUACACACAGACACAGAUGCAAACACACAAAAUGACACAUGGAUAUCUGCAAAACCACACACACAUACACAUAUGCUAUUUAAUGUGUUUUCCAUGCAAGGGGUUCCUCUGGCACAAACACUGGAGGGCCAGUGUGCUUUUUGAGGCUUUGUUUGGGGUGAACAUCAGGGUAUAAGGCUGUCCCAGUGUGGGGAGAAUGCUUGGCUAAAAGUCUCCCCAUCCCUGCAGCAUCUUAGGGGUGGGAUAGUGGGCUUGGAGGGGUGAGACGGACCCUGAAAUCUAUGAAAACCUCGGCUACAAAAUAUAAUGUGGCGAAGUUAAUGAGAAUACCCACUCCAGUCAAAUAAAUUACUGGAAUAUGGAUGUCAUUAUGCGAUAGUACAGCAGGCAAUCUGGAAGUCUUCUUUGUAAUUAGAAUAAGAGUCCAACCUGAAUCUAUUGCACAAUGUUCUGCCUUAAAGUGCCAGGGCCAUCUGCUCUCUCUGAAUUACUUUCUGCAGGCUUUCUGUAGGUUGUAACUAACAGGAGGCAAUGGGUAGCGUUUCAGUGGGGCCACUCUCCAUCGCUCUCUUUUCUUUCCAUCCUCUCCCUCUCUCUCUUCUACCUCUCUCUACCUGAGAGGAAACCGGUGUGGCCACAGUAAACUAAAUGUAUUUGCAGAUAUGAUAUGAGAUACGACAGCAGCCCUUCUCACCAACAUUACAUUCAACACUGUGGAUCUUGUCCUUUGCCAAACCAAGUGAUGUGGGGAUGGGUGGUGAAAAAAAUA